UACUCACGCCAAAGGAAAUCAGAUAGCCGAAAUGGCAAACAUAUUUCAAGAGAGCUCAUUCGAAGAGGUUGUAGACUACGGAGCCUUUGGAACGGCCGUUAGAUGCAAAUGGAGUGUGAAGCCCCUUAAUACGGUCGCUCUUGUACAUAACGCGUUCGAUAUUAACAUAAGUGACACAGAAUUGUUGCUUAGUCUCAAUCAUAAGAAUGUUAUCCAAUAUGCUAAAAUUGACCCUGAUCACAUGCAACUGGAAUAUGCAGACUGUGGAUCACUGCAGCAACUGCUGCAUGGGGACGAGCAAAAGGAAUAUUCAUUACGUAAUGCCCUCGAUUGGAUGCAUCAGGCAGCAAAGGGUUUUAGGUACCUCCAUCUGUGGAUUCAUCCCAUAUCGAUCAAUUAUAAUUUGACGCCUGAUUUUCUUAUGCUAACGAAUAACUAUCGCCACUUAAAGAUCCUUGUACUACCCAGUAAAUGUAAAGAAUAUUCGCCGAUGGCAACUAAUAGAAGAAGUCAAAGAAUUGAUUAUACAGGGAGCACUGAUAUAUGCACUAUGGGAAUCACCAUUUGGGAAUUAUUAACGCGUAAAAAGCCCUUUUAUCACACUGAUUAUACAACGGAUGAAAUAUUUGAGGCGGUGUUGAGAGGAGAACGACCGUCAAUUACCAAUAUAAAAAUAUCAAUCACCGACGAAUUAAAGAGAUUAAUUCAAAACUGUUGGGACUCAAAUCCAUACAAGAGACCCUUUAUCCAAGAGGUCAUACAUACGCUGAACCACAUCCUCACUCAAGAGGAUACGGACCUUGAUCAACUGCUGAAGGCCAAUAUCGGAGCGAUCGUAGACUUUGAGGAUAUCAAGAUCUGCAAGAAAAUCAGGGAAGAUGCCUUUGGUAUUUCCCACAAGGCCAUGUGGUUUGGUAAGGAGAAAACUGUCCGCAAAUUCAAGGACAUCGCCGAGCAAUGGCUUCAACAUCAAUCUUUUGUACAGGAAAUCAGAAGGAAUAUUGAGCUAAAUAAUAAAUACUUAGUAAAAAUUUAUGGCGCCUCAAUGGGAAACGAGUCUAUCUAUUUAAUAUCAGAUUACUCAGAUCGUAGAUCGUUGCUCGAUUAUUUACAUGGUGAGGAACAAAGGAAAUAUUCUGUCACUCGUGCCAUUAAUUGGAUUACGGAUGCUGCCGAGGGUGCUUAUUUUCUCAACAUACUAAGGCAAUCAAAUUAUGUAUUUAUGAAUUAUAUUUUAACGCCUCAAAAUAUGAUUUUGUUUAACAAUUUCACCCAAUUAAAAAUUAGUGAUUAUUGUUGCCCUUUUGACGCUGAAAUUAUGUUGAAGUCCACUUCGGAAGUAGCCUAUAUAGCACCAGAGGUGCUUCGAACAAAAAGAUUUACUUACCAGAGUGACGCAUAUAGCCUUGGAAUUAUCUUGUGGGAAGUUCUCACACGAAAAAAACCCUAUUACACUGUCAUGGAUGUUCUUCCACAAAAUUUAUUGAAAAUCAUUCAAGUUACAGGCAUGCGUCCGACUUUCAGUGAUAUCAGAAAAUUGGAACUCGAGACCUUAGAAGAUUUUAUUGAGCUUUGUUGGCAUCAGGAUGAACUGAAACGCCCAGAUCCACAUAUUUGGUUUGUACACCUUGAUAGACACUGCACAGAUACCAACAACGGUGAUAAGAUUAUAGGAACAUACGAGAAACUCAACUAUGAGGAUAUUGAAUUCAUUGAGGCUAUCGGAAGUGGCGGCUAUGGUAUAGUUUAUAAAGCGAAAUGGCUUCAGAAUGUUGUCGCUGUCAAAAUAUACAAAAAUAUGAAAGAGACCAAUUUCCGACAUGAGGCCAAACAGCUAGCCCGAACUAACCAUAAGAAUAUUAUAAAACUAUAUGGCAUAUGCGAUCACAAUGGCUCCGCAUAUUUAGUCAUAUCCCACGCAGAGUGCGGAUCCCUCUAUAGCUACUUGCACGGAGACGAGCGCAAUGAGUAUACCAUGGCAAGGGCCAUAGACUGGAUGAUUCAGUUAACUCAGGGCAUUAAUCACUUGCAUUCCAUGAAGCCAAAACCGCUGAUUCAUCGCGACUUAAAAAGUCAUAAUCUACUACUAUCCAAAAAUUAUCAGAAAUUGAAAAUUGGAGAUUUCGGCACUGUGACGGACCUGAAAAGUCUGAUGACGUGUGAGCGUGGCACUGCCGCCUAUAUAGCCCCAGAGGUUCUCACUGGCAACAAGUAUACGGAGAAGUGCGACAUUUAUAGCUUCGGGAUAGUGCUCUGGGAGGUGAUGGCGCGCAGGAAGCCAUUUCAUCACAUGGAGAAUCAAACUGCAUGUGCAAUUAUAUACCAAGCCUCGAAUGGUAAACGGCCAACCUUAGGUGAUUUGAUACCGAAUAGCGAGGAACUGCGGACUCUGAUUGCUCAUUGUUGGCAUCAGGAUCCCGAGAAGCGGCCCUCAGUGAAACAAAUUAAACUCAACAAUAUUCCAUGCGCUGAUAUUUCAAUCAGAGUACUACGAUAAAUAUUAUAUAUACAUAUAUCAC